GAAAACCCCGAAGCCUUUUCCGAGGACCUAAUGCGUUUGACAUCAGCCGCCUAUCCUUCCCUUGCGGCCGCUGACAAGGACCGCGUGGUGGUUAACCAUUUCAAGAGUAGCCUUAACUCAGAGGAGGUAUACUUCUCCCUUAGGCACAACCCGCCAGGGGACCUAGAGGGCGCAAUCCAGAGGGCUAAGCACCUGCUCCUACCAGAUUAUCUUCGGCCUCCCAAAAACCGACCCAGAUUAACGCUAAACCCCUCCUAA